AAAUCCUGGUUAGGUGAGCGAUCGGGGUGUGCCUUGGUGGGGUGGCAACACUGAAUUUUGCAUUAUCGCAGACGCACUUUCGUGGUCACAGAGGACAAGCAAACAUGGCCUUGACCAGGAACAUUUUCGUCAGCCGCAUUCGUACCCCUUUAACGUUGUGUGUGCGCAGUAUGGGAAAAGGUGAACCAGGCUCUGGAUCAGGAGAAGGUGGUGGUGCUGGGGGGGCUAUUCGGGAUGCUGGGGGCGCUUUUGGUAAAAGAGAAGCUGCCCAAGAAGAACAAUAUUUUCGUAAGCUGAAUGAAGAACAAAUAAAGAAGAUGAGAGAAGGAUUUAAAGAUGAAAUUGAUUUCCAUGAGAAGCAGAUAAAAGCUCAUCAGGAAGCAAUUAAAAGGCACAAGAAACGAAUUGGUGAACUGGACUAAAAUUACAUAAGUGGAGAAGCUCAAGUUUUGUUUACCAAAAUUAAAUUAAUCGACCCCUUAAAAGUAGUCUAGUAUAUUUUAUUUAGAUUGAAAGGAAAAGAAUAAGGAGUGCCUUGUAAUUUUAAUUGAGGUACUUUUGAACCCUAAAAUUAAUCAGAAAAAUUAUUUGUUAAUAGAGGAUAUGUAAUAUUGUUUUAAAUAAAUAUGGGAUUAUGUAUAGCUGAAUUUUCCAAGUAUUUUCUAAUGAAAAUGCAAUAUGAUGUACAGUAGCUAUAUAAAUUAUACAACUUGAGAAA